AUGGUCUCCCGGCUUACACAAUCCUUUUCGUUUCAUUCUUCGCCUGAAUCAUUCAUCUCCGCUCGCCUUGGGGAGUCUACAAGGUCAGAUGGGGACGCGUUACCGUUGGCGAGCAGAAUCGUCCGAGCACAGAUUCUAAAUCGUGAAGUCCACAUCGUCACCAGUUAUCACGUCUGCAAAGCCAUCCUAUGCCACCAGCCUGGAGCAAUCGAAUCGGUCGAGGAGGCCUCGCUAGGCCGUUUUGAUGCAAGCAAAUACGAUAGCGAAUACGCACACGUUUACGCACAGGGACGUACAAGUAUCAGCAGAGGUGGAGUCUCCCCACAGCGAAGCCGCAAAUGCACCGUCCAUGCCAAAAACAGAGGCAGAAGCGAUGACAAGGCCAACUUUUUCGCUGCACGAACGGCGUAUCGACAGUUUAUGGGCGACUUUUUCCCUGGUUCCAAUCUCCUACUCGAAGAUGGGUUAGCUCACAAAAUCCACAAAGCCAAGUGGCGGACGAGACUGGAUCAUUUGCCUCAAAGCUCGGUCUCGCUGAUUCGUCAAAUCACCGAGUCUCGAUUUCUUGAUCAGCUUGUUCGAGGACGAAACCCACAGGAAGUCGAUCUAUACGCAAGUCUGAAAUCCUUGGUUUGGGAUAUUCUAUUCGGGGUCUUCUUGUCGAUUUCGCGAGACGGUAAUGGUCGUAAGUUCAAACAGCUCGAAGAACUUCAAGAAGCGCUGCUGAGAGGGCAAUUCUCCACAUUUCCCGUCAGCAUCUCGACACCACUCUGGUCAUCAACACGGAGCCGAGGCCUCCAAGCUGUCGAAGAGCUUGAAAAGAGUCUAGCCACGAUAGCAAGAGAUGUGCUAGCUUCGAAUGGAACCUCCCGGUCUUUCAAUGCUUGCCCUUUUUCAGAACAGUUCCGCGGGACAAGCUUGUCAUCGGACGAUUAUCUCGACACUGAGGAUAUCGUCUCACAUCUCCGCCUCUUCACUAGCAGCAUAGCCAAUAAAGCGCUCGCCUCCCUGCUCACCGCGUUCAUUCUGAAUUUGUUUGUGUGGAGACCUUCGUCUUCAAUGACAAAUACGGACGAGCAAGGUUCCGAUACCAGUGUCAGCCUCGCAGAGCUCAUCCGGUCAUAUUCAGAUCCGCAAAAAAGAGAUGUCAUGUUGAACGCUGUUCUUGCAGAAACAGAGCGACUGAGUCCACCCGUUGUGGGGGUGAUGCGAAGAGUGCAACAGGAUGUCCUCAUAUCAUCUGCUGAUCGAGAUCAACCAGAUGAGUACGAGAUUCCUGAAGGCCAAGACGCAUGGUUGUACCUAUCAGGUGCCAAUCGUGACCCCGACGUGUAUGAUCGAGCGGGUGACUUCGUCUGGGAUAGGUUCCUGCCCUUUUAUUCGUCUUCCAGUAACGAUGCCACCAGGGCAAACGCAGACUGUCUUGGGACAGACUUCCGACCACCCCUGCCAUUCACAUUUGGCGACGGUGUCAAAUCCUGUCUUGGUGCCGAAUUUUCGAGGCAAGUAUGCCUGACGGUAGCCAAGACUCUCGUAGAUGAAUCGAUUAUGAUGACUGGUCGCAUCGAGGAAGGCGGAGUCAUUUCCUGGCUGGGCUGGGAACGUCGGACGAGCCGUAAGGACGAAGUACAACUGAUGGCAAGGGAUCUGAAGCAAUUGCCGACACAGCGACCGAGACGUGCAAUCAAAGUCCAGAUAGGGCGACUGAACAUGUAG